AUGAAGCUGUUGACCCACAAUCUCAUGUCCUCCCGGCACAUCAAGGGAGUGGUGACAGGUUUCCCUCUGAAACUGACUGCAAGAGAUGUGAAAGUGUCUGAAGUGGACUUUAACAAGGACUUCAUAGUGCGCAUCCUGCCAAAGUUGGACUGGGAAGCCCUGUGUCAAGCAGUUGAGAGCAUAGGUCAGGGAACAGAUCUCCCACGAUCCCUGGAUCCAGAUUUCAACUUUGAAGCAGAUACUGAGUUCUUGAAAAAGGCACACCAUGUUCUAAUGGAAGUGGAAGUAGUCAGUGGUGAACUGGAAUGUCCUGAAACUGGGCGAAAGUUCCCCAUCACCGAUGGAAUCCCAAAUAUGCUUCUGAAUGAAGAUGAGGUGUAA